AUGAAAAUAUGUAUGCAAAUCUUGUGCUUCUUUCUUUUGCUAACCUUGUACAAAUGUGCAGUGAUCACUGGGGCCUGUGAAAGAGAUCUGCAAUGUGGAAGUGGGACAUGUUGUGCUAUCAGCUUGUGGCUUCGUGGGCUUCGUAUGUGCACUCCAUUGGGGCGUGAGGGAGAUGAAUGCCAUCCUAUUAGCCAUAAGGUCCCUUUCUUCGGAAAACGGCAACAUCACACCUGUCCUUGUUUGCCAAACCUCAUAUGUUCUAAAUUCACUGAUGGUCGAUACCGAUGCUCAAUAGACUUCAAGAACUUGGAUUUUUAA